CAGCCGCCGGCUGUUGCGCAGCCGCCCGUCGGCGGUCACCUGUACCCCUUCGUGAUCGCGGCGGGAGCGGAGAGCGAGGGGCCGGAGGAGGAGGGCGAGGUGUCGGAGCUGCGGCCGUGGGGCAGGGAGAAGUUCCGGAGGAGCGCGUCGAGGGACAGGCUGGAUGAUAUCGUCCUGCUGACGAGGGAUAUCCAGGAAGGGGACACUCUGAACGCCAUCGCGCUUCAGUAUUGCUGCUCGGUUGCAGAUAUCAAGAGAGUUAACAAUCUUAUCAACGAUCAAGAUCUUUUUGCACUGAGGUCUAUCAAAAUUCCAGUGAAAAAGUUCAGUGUCUUGACGGAAACACAUGUCUCUCCAAAAGGAAGACCAGUCCUUCGGCCUGCUCACUGUACCCCUGAAGUGCAGGAAACAUCACCUUCUGAUAAAUUCUCUGCUAAUGAGACCGCUGGCAACUUCUUAAAAGAAGUGGAUCGAGAUAUAGAAGAACUAGUGAAGUGUAAUGAUACAAAGAGAGAGAAUCUUAAUGAAGUUGUUUCUGCCUUGGCAGCCCAACAGAUCUGCUUUGAAACUGAUGGUAAAACUAAAAAAUGCAAAGAUCCUUACUAUGGAGCAGAUUGGGGUAUAGGAUGGUGGACAGCUGUAGUGAUUAUGUUGAUUAUUGGCAUAGUAACUCCAGUUUUUUAUCUCCUGUAUUAUGAAGUUCUAGUGAAAGCAGAUGUCAGUCACCAUUCUACAAUGGAAUCUUCCCAUUUGUUUGUCACAGCAGCAUCGCAUCAGAAACAAAUAGAAAAUGGAAUAAAUCCAGCAAAUAUUAUAAAUGUUGAUAAUCAAGGAGACCUUCAGCCUUAACAAUGGAAAACCCCAGGCAACUGUUAUUCAUAGACACGUAACAUAGAAUUAGAUAAAGGGGAAACCACAGAAUGCAAACGUGCACAUGGAACACAGAGAAAAUGUGUACUGAUGUGUGACUUGCCUUUAUGGGCAGCGUUCCAGUUCAAGGGUAUUUCUGUGGAUCACGUGAUCUCUGAAUAUGCCUGAGACAGGUGAUUUUAAUGCGAGAUUGGGAUAUAAAUUAAGGUAUAAGAUUGUUUCUGAGGCUUUGCACUUUUUUCUAUUUU